AUGGGGAGGGUUUUGAGGGCGAUACGACCGCUGGUUUCCCAUCUGCUCAACAAAAAGGCCUGUGUAAUAGGUGGAACGCUGGCGACCCUCGUGAGCGACUACCGAACCCAGGUCGAUUUCGUAGCCGUGUACCUGGCCGAGGCCCACGCUGAAGGAGCGUGGGAGAUGGGCCACAACAUCAGCUACAUCAAGGAUCACACAUCACUUCAGGAGAGGAUCGAAGCAGCUAAAGACUUACUCAAGGUCGACGCCACGUCACACAACUGCCUGACUGAUGAUGUCACAGACACUUCCAAGUUCCGGUUGGUGGUGGAUAAGAUGGACAGCCUCUUCACCAGAAUGUUCAGGGUACACCCCGAUCGGGUCAUAUUCAUCCGCGAUGGCAAGAUGGUGUACAUCGGGAACUCUAUCCUGGGACAGAUACAGAACCCCACCUACCUGAUGACGCACGAGGCACGUGAUUGGUUAGAGGCGAAUGUUGGAUCAGCUGCUGCUGCCAAUCAGUAG